AUGCUGCCCAUCAUCUACGCGGUCCUGGCGGGAUUGCUGCUACUGCCGCUGCUGGUGAAACUCUGCUCCCCCUACUUCUUCCAGGACGUGAGCUACUUCCUGUGGUUGGCCAGGAUGGCCCAGCAGGCGCGCAGCUAUGGGCAGCGCCGGCCGGUGCGCACCAUCCUCCACGCCUUUCUGGAGAGAGCACACGAGAGCCCGCACAAGCCGUUCCUGCUCUUCCGCGACCAGACGCUCACCUACGUGCAGGUGGACCGACGCAGCAACCAAGUGGCGAGGGCGCUGCGCGAUCGCCUCGGCCUCCGGCAGGGAGACUGCGUAGCCAUAUUCCUGGGCAACGAACCGGCCUACAUAUGGCUGUGGCUGGGGCUGGCCAAGCUGGGCUGUCCCAUGGCGUGCCUCAACUAUAACAUCCGCGGCAAGUCCCUGCUGCACUGCUUCCAGUGCUGCGGGGCGAAGGUGCUCCUGGCCUCGCCAGAACUACAAGCAGCUGUUGAAGAGGUGCUGCCAAGCCUGAAAAAAGAUGAUGUGGCCGUCUAUUACGUGAGCAGAAGUUCUAACACCGAUGGGGUCGACUCUUUCUUAGACAAAGUGGAUGAAAUGUCAACUGAACCUAUCCCAGAGUCCUGGAGGUCGGAAGUGACCUUUUCCACUCCUGCCUUAUACAUUUAUACUUCUGGAACCACAGGUCUCCCGAAAGCUGCAAUGAUCAAUCAUCUUCGCAUUUGGUAUGGAGCCAACUUUGCUGCUGCCAGCGGGGUUACAGAGAAUGAUGUAGUCUAUACCACCCUACCCUUGUACCACAGUGCUGCACUUUUGAUUGGCUUACAUGGAUGUAUCCUGACUGGUGCUACUGUUGUUUUGCGGGCCAAAUUUUCAGCCAGCCAGUUUUGGGAUGACUGCAGAAAAUAUAACGUCACUAUCAUUCAGUAUAUCGGUGAACUGCUUCGGUAUUUAUGCAACUAUCCCCAGAAACCAAACGAUCGUGACCAUAAAGUGAGAAUGGCAUUGGGAAAUGGCUUGCGAGGAGAUGUGUGGAGAGAAUUCAUCAAGAGAUUUGGGGACAUUCACAUUUAUGAGUUCUAUGCUUCCACUGAAGGCAAUAUCGGAUUUGUGAAUUACACGAGAAAAGUCGGUGCUGUCGGAAGAGUAAACUUCCUACAGGGAAAAGUCAUAACUUAUGAGCUGAUUAAAUAUGAUGUGGAGAAAGAUGAACCCGUUCGAGAUGGAAAUGGAUAUUGCAUCAAAGUUCCCAAAGGUGAAGUUGGACUCCUGGUUUGCAGAAUCACACAACUCACACCAUUUAGUGGCUAUGCUGGAGGAAAGACUCAGACAGAGAAGAAAAAACUGAGAGAUGUCUUUAAGAAAGGAGACGUCUAUUUCAACAGCGGAGAUCUCUUAAUGAUGGACCACGAAAAUUUUAUCUACUUCCACGACAGAGUUGGAGAUACAUUCCGGUGGAAAGGGGAAAAUGUGGCCACCACUGAAGUUGCUGACAUAGUAGGACUGGUUGAUUUUGUCCAAGAAGUGAAUGUUUAUGGCGUGUCUGUGCCAGGUCACGAGGGUCGAAUUGGCAUGGCCUCCAUCAAGAUGAAGGAAGACCAUGAAUUUGAUGGAAGGAAACUCUUUAAGCAUGUGGCCGAUUACCUGCCCAAUUAUGCAAGGCCCCGGUUUCUAAGAAUACAGGACACCAUUGAGACCACUGGAACUUUUAAACACCUAAAAGUGACCCUCAUGGAAGAGGGCUUUAACCCUUCAGUUAUCAAAGAUGCCUUGUAUUUCUUGGAUGACAAAGCAGAAAUGUAUGUGCCGAUGACUGAGGACAUUUACAACGCCAUUAAUGAUAAAACUCUGAAACUCUGA